UCGGGACUACAAAAGCCUCUGCGCAUGCGUGUCGAGACCUUUUUAUUUUUUCCUUCCGUGGAACUGAAGCAGGCUGAACAUGGACCAGGAAACGUUUGAAAGUGCAGAUUCUGGGGCCUCUUUAACUUUCCCAAUGCAAUGUUCCGCCCUGAGGAAGAACGGCAAUGUCAUGCUUAAAUCUCGUCCUUGCAAGAUCGUGGAAAUGUCCACUUCCAAAACUGGCAAGCACGGGCAUGCCAAGGUACACCUCGUCGGAAUUGAUCUUUUUACUGGCAAGAAGUAUGAAGACAUUUGUCCAUCAACGCAUAACAUGGAAGUCCCCAAUGUGAAAAGGACAGAAUAUGAGGCAGUAUGUUUGACUGAUGGCUUUUUGCACCUGAUGGACGAUUUCGGGGAAGUGAGAGAGGACCUUGGACUUCCAAACAACGAUUUGGGCAAAGAAAUUGAGGCAAAAAUAUCUACUGGAGUGGAAUUCAAUGUCACUGUGCUUAAGGCUUUGAACGAAGAAGCAAUAAUCUCCCUCAAGAAGUAAGUCCAGGACCGAGCUGAAGACACCACAGAUCUGGAACUGUGGACUCGAUCAGUUGGUUCUUUUAAAACCAUCCAAUUUGAAGUUCUCUAGGUUUAAUUUCAACAUUGGCGUUUUAGAGAGUUUAUUAGAAAAGUAUGCCUUUGAAUAUCAGCCAGUGUUGACUUUCUUGGCUUGCAGUCGGAGGUAUCUUUUAUUUUUUUAGGUUUUGGGUGGAGGGAGAGUACAAAAUACUUUAGGGGGUGGGUGUUUUAUUUUUAAAUUUUUUUUCUUCCUCUUAAAUGUUUCAGUUUUAAACCUAAUGCCUUGUUUAUAUCCUGAACCUCGCUCCGAACCAUCCGCUUAGUGUGACGUGCGCCUAAAACAAAUCUAACCUUAGCUUUUACGUGUGUACCACUUGUUGAGUGCGUAAAGGCCAUCUUUGCGAUUGCUGUUUCUGGGG